UCAACCAACAAUUGAAGCCGGCCAGAAAGAGUGCGAUACGAGUGCAUUAAAUCACGCACAAACAUGUCCACCCGGUGGUAUCCGAUCUACCAACGAGGCAAUCCGCAGCUACGGGUGUUCCUUCCGAACUUUUGGCUCAAGCUCGUGCGACCCGAACAGCAACAACCAAAAAACGUGGUACAGUUCGCCGUCUCAAUGGAAAUGACCCGGCACGAUGUAAAAAACUAUCUGGAGAAAAUCUACAAAAUCCCGGUAGUCAAUGUGCGUACCCGCAUAGGACUGGGAAACACAAAGCCCGACCUGGUGCUAGGAUACGUAACGAAGGACGAGGAUACUAAAUAUGCGUACGUCACGCUGCCCAAUACCAUGAAGUUCGACUUCCCCGACAUCUUUCCCACGGAUGCCAAACAGAAGAUGGAGGACGACAAGAAAUCGCUGGAUGAUGCGAAGAAAAACUACAAAAAGUUCCUGGACAAAAACAAAGACCGACCCGGAACUCCCGGAUGGUUUUCGAUUUGAGGUUACGGCUUAAUAGUCAUCGAUCUUCCUCUGAAUAUCGCGCCUCCCGUUUAGAAAUGCAGAGUAAUAAAAAGGUUAAUUUUAUUUGUUCAGAAA